GCAAAAUCACAACCGGUUGCAGAAGCGGCAACAGCUCAAAGGCCUGAGCUAACAGACCACAGAGAGAGAGAGAGAGAAGAGAGAGACCUUCGACGUCCUCUCAACUUCUCGUACCGACGAUGGAGGAAGAUAUCGCGCCCCAGAGCUACCUCUACGAAACCCUGAGCCCGCUCUCUCUAUCCGCCGCCACGGUGGCCGACCGCUCGCCUUCGCCGCCCUCUGACUACGAGCCUUACUCGGUGUUCAGGAGCGAGAUCUCCCUCCGGCCGCUGCCCUCCGCUUCCUCCGACACCGCCGUGCCGGAUUACUUCUCCCUCGAUGUCGGCGCCGAGCCCGAGCCGCUCGAGGCUUUGGCUGCCCCGGUCCCUUCGGCGGCGGAGUUGGCUGAGCCGAAGACGCCGGCUAGGGAGCCGAAGACGAGGCUCGAGAGUGGGUGGUUCCGCGGGAAUAGCAGGUUCGCGAGCCCCAUGCUUCAAUUACACAAAGAGAUAGUGGAUUUCUGUGACUUUCUAUCACCAACUCCAGAAGAAGAAGCCUCGAGGAAUGAAGCUGUUAAAUCUGUCUUUGGCGUCAUUAAAUACAUAUGGCCUAAUUGCAGCGUAGAGGUUUUUGGGUCUUUCCGGACCAGACUUUAUCUUCCGACCAGUGAUAUUGAUGUUGUGAUCCUUGAUUCAGGUAUCAGAACUCCACAAUUAGGAUUACAGGCCCUAUCCAGGGCAUUGUCGCAAAAGAGUAUUGCGAAAAAUAUACAGGUGAUAGCAAAGGCACGUGUCCCGAUUGUUAAAUUUGUGGAGAAGAGAAGUGGUGUUGCAUUCGAUAUAAGUUUUGAUGUGGACAACGGACCCAAAGCUGCAGAGUUCAUUAAGGAUGCUAUAUCUAAGUGGCCUCCAUUGCGACCUCUAUGUCUGAUCUUGAAAGUAUUUUUGCAGCAGAGAGAACUGAAUGAGGUUUAUUCUGGGGGUAUAGGCUCUUAUGCCCUCCUCACCAUGCUGAUGGCAAUGUUGCGGAGUAUUCAUGAGCGUCAGGCUUUUCGUGAACAUAAUUUGGGAGUGCUAUUGGUGCAAUUCUUUGAUUUCUAUGGACGGAAGCUAAACACAUCGGAUGUUGGUGUAUCUUGCAGAGGGACAGGAACAUUUUAUUUGAAGAGGGACAAAGGGUUUCUAAACAAAGGUCGGCCAUCCUUAAUCUCCAUUGAGGAUCCACAGACUCCAGAUAAUGACAUUGGAAAGAACUCUUUCAAUUAUUUCCAGAUUAGAUCUGCUUUUGCAAUGGCCUUCACUACUUUGACGAAUUCCAAAGCUAUCAAGGGCCUUGGGCCCAACAGGAGCAUUCUUGGUCUGUUAAUCAGAUCGGACCCUGUACUGAUUGAGCGCAAAGGCGGGUCCAGAGGAGACGUCACUUUUAGUAGCUUGCUUCCUGGGGCAGGGGAAUCAGUACAACUGAACCUUGUAGAUCCACCAGAGAUUUUUUGCAAUUGGCAGUUAGAUGACGAGGAAGAGCCACUGCCACGGGGAAGUGGAGCGUCUGCAUCUGUUAGCAAACCUUCCAAGAAGAGAAAAUCUGUUUCCGAGGGGAAGUCCAGUAGGAAGAAGGUUAAAGAAGGCAGAGGAGUGGAGACACCAGGGCGUGAAGAGAACGGCACUAAGAAAGAGAAGAGUGCUAAGAAGAAAUAUUUUAGGCAUGGUCAGUUUAAGGCGAAUGGUUACAGCCAUCAUAGUGGUUCUUAUUCGGAGAGAUAAUAUGAUCUUAAGGUGAUUCCUGCGUGGAUUUACUGAAGGUUUCGAUGGAUUGAGAAGGAGUCGCACUGCGAAAGCAGGUUCUCUGUUUGUGGAAGAGUAAUUAUUCAUCCUUGAAGGCUUUGAGGGUCAAGUUAUUCACGGUUGCCCAUACUGAGACCAAGCCUGUUGGAGCCAAAGAUACGCAAAAGAUUUUCUUAGGACAGCAGAUUUUCAGUCCUAGAAAUUACACUAGUUACGAUAUGGGUGAAUUGGUAAUUUAUGACCACAAGAUGUUUAGCAAUCUUCUCGGUGUAUGAUUAGUCCUCUUAGCUGGUGUAAUUUAUUCUUUUACAUGUCUUCCCAGAAAAAAAAAAGAUGCAUCUUCUUGAACUCC